GCCGUCUAGGUGUGCGGCUCGGCAGCCGCCAGCUGGUUGGGAGGUAGGGGUAUGCCGCCCGGUGGGUGGCUCAGGGGCGCAGUGGUGCUGCCAUUGCAGCUGCUGCUGUGGCUGCUGACGGCCCAGAUGGUCGCGGCGUUCGAGCCCAUCACCGUGGGCAUAGCUAUCGGGGCCGCGUCGGCACUUACCGGCUACCUGUCUUACACUGAUCUCUACUGCCGCUUCGCCGAGUGCUGCCGCGCGGAGCAGCCGCUCAACGCCUCGGCCCUCAAGCUGGACUUGGAGGAGAAGCUGUUUGGGCAGCAUCUGGCCACAGAGGUGAUUCUCAAGGCACUGACUGGCUUCAGGAACAACAAAAAUCCCAAGAAACCACUGACCCUUUCCUUACAUGGCUGGGCUGGCACAGGCAAGAAUUUUGUCAGCCAAAUUAUGGCUGAAAAUCUUCACUUGAAAGGCCUGAAGAGUAAUUUCGUGCACCUGUUUGUAUCGACUCUGCACUUCCCUCAUGAGCAGAAGAUAAAACUGUACCAGGACCAGUUACAGAAGUGGAUUCGGGGUAACGUGAGUGCAUGUGCAAGUUCUGUUUUCAUAUUUGAUGAGAUGGAUAAAUUGCACCCUGGGAUCAUCGAUGCAAUCAAGCCAUUUCUAGACUACUACGAGCAGGUUGAUGGGGUAUCUUAUCGGAAGGCCAUCUUCAUCUUUCUCAGCAAUGCUGGUGGGGACCUAAUAACUAAGGCAGCCCUUGACUUUUGGAGGGCAGGAAAAAAGAGGGAAGAUAUUCAGCUGAAAGACCUGGAACCUGUGCUGUCUGUCGGAGUCUUCAAUAAUAAACACAGUGGUCUGUGGCGCAGUGGACUGAUAGACAGAAACCUCAUCGAUUACUUUAUCCCCUUCCUGCCCCUGGAGUACAGUCAUGUGAAAAUGUGUAUCAGGGCAGAAAUGAAGGCCCGUGGUUCUGCCAUAGAUGAAGACAUUGUCACAAGAGUGGCAGAGGAAAUGACGUUUUUUCCAAAAGAUGAGAAAAUCUACUCAGACAAGGGCUGCAAGACUGUGCAAUCACGACUCGAUUUUCACUGAGCUUUUAUCCAAAUGGAAGCAUUUUUGAAGACCUCUUCAGGGGUUUGCAUGUUUGCACCUUGUGGACUUUCAGGAUCUGGAAGAGUUGAUUUAAAAAGACGCCAAUCUGUCAAGUACAUUUGUCAUUGCUGCAACAUAACAGAACUCCAACUGUUAAUUGCACUUGAAGGUGAACUUUUAAAAUCCCCUCCACAUUUACCGUUCCUGACCUUGACAAAAGUGCCUUGAAAACAGCUGUGUGAGUGAAGCCCUAGGAUUGUUUCUGGCCCUGUGGCACCCACACCUUAGAAUUACUGUUAUAACUAAAGGGGUUUAAGGGCCCUGCUGCAAUCUGGGUAACAUUAGGUUUUCACCUGCCAAAAACGUUCUUCUGCCCUAUUUCUUUUUCUCUACGUAGAGAGCGUUAGCUGACUUGAGAUAUUUUCACUCGUUAGGAUUGGUGGCACCUGCAGGUGGAGACAUUAUCAAAUGGGAGGAUCCUGGGCCUGAGGAUCUUGACCUGAGGGGAGCUGUCUGUGUUGGGCUUCUGCAGUGGAGUAGGACAGUCAGGACCUUUCAGUCUGUCAUUGAAUCCCUUUUCCCAUCUCUCGUUCUUGAUCCCAGCCUUCCUGUACCUUGGCCACUUGGACCUCAGUCAUCACUAGAUUUUCUCCCAACCACAUCUUCACUAGAGUUGAGUCAGAAUGAGACCGUUGGCUUUGAAUUUAAGUCCUUAGUUCCCACGGCGAAAUGUUUGUCUGUUAGAAUUUAUACGUGGGUCAGCCUCUCACUUUACUCCACAGAAUUUGAAAUCCAUAGGACAUACUUAUUUUCCAGGCUGACACCUGCCAACUGAGCAUUCAGUUUGUAGAUUCUGCAUUGUUAUAGAGGUGGGAGUAUUGUACACUAGACAUUCUAGAGUUUUUAAGGAUGUGUAUAUUUUUUAAUUAUGAUAUUUUUACUUCUGAAUCUUGUAAAAUGGAAGUGUAGGAUGUUGCUUAUUUUAAAUAAUGGAAAGGAUAUAAAAUGGCAUGAUUGCUUAUUCCUUUCUCAGAUACUCUUUACAAAUGAUACAGAUUUUUAUUCUAUUUGUGCUAAUAUUUGGAACUUUGAAGAUCAAAUAAGGUCAGUCUGAAUUGGUGGCUGGUCCUGGGUGUCAUCUGAUAACAACACCCUAUUUGACAGUGCCAGGCUAGACUGCUCUGAUCAUUGGGAAAUAAGACUUAGAUUUCAGCCAGUGUGAAUCAUUCUGUGUCUGUCCUUUAGUUGCAGUGCAGCUGCAGGCAUGAAGCCUGAAAAUGUGCAGCCUUUUUACAUAUAUAAGAUGUAGUAGAAUGAAUAUUUUUACAACUUGGAAGUGCCUUAUAAGGUGUCCAGCUUAGUCUUAAAAAAAAUGCCAAGGUGAGGCUUGAAUUUUUUUAGUACAUAUUCUCAAAUUGGAGUUAAGUUACGUAUAUUUUAUAAGCUUUGGGGUGUCUGGUCAGAAGGAGACAAGGUUUUCUCUGUUUACAAUGAUGCAAUAAACUCAACUCGUUGGCCACCUUUGGACCGCUGUUACUGAUUUGUAACUUGAAAAGGCCACGGUUGACCACGGCCCAGCCUCCCCCACCCCACCUAAGAUGGAAACAAGAGCUGGAAUUGACCUAUUGGAUAUAAAAUAAUAAACAUAAAUUUUAUCAUGUGA